CAUCCAGCUAUUGAGAGCCUGAAACAAACUUGUCUUCCCUGCACUGCUCAACCUCCAGAGUACGGACUUGUCUUCCUGAUGCAUGGCCUCACCUGGCUGGGAGCUGUGCUCUUCCUUGGGGUACAGCUCCGAGCACUGUGGCCCAUCACAGCCCUCGAAGUUUACACUUCCAAGGAGGUGGAUGCUCUGAAUGGAACUAACCUACGUUUAAAAUGCACCUUCUCCAGCAGCAGCCCUAUUAGCCCACAACUGUCAGUGACGUGGAACUUCCAGCCUGAGGACCUGAGCUCUCAUGAGCCAGUAUUUUAUUACCUCAAGGAGCCCUACAAGCUGUCUGCUGGACGGUUCAAAGGGCGAGCCACUUGGGAUGGGAAUAUUGAGCGUUAUGAUGUUUCCAUUGUUAUCUGGAAUUUACAGCCCACUGACAACGGGACGUUCACCUGCCAGGUGAAGAACCCACCAGACGUUGAUGGCACAAUUGGUGAAGUGCGACUCAGAGUUGUGCAGAAAGUGCAUUUCUCAGAAAUCCACUUCCUUGCCAUCGCCAUUGGGUCUGCAUGUAUUCUGAUGAUCAUUGUGGUGACAGUUGUGAUUAUCUGUCGACACCAUCGGAAGAAAAAGCAAGAGAAGACGACCGAGGUGUCAGAUACUGAACUUAGAGAAAAGGAGAAGCUGAAGAUCAGAGAAGAAAAGGAAGCCACUCCAUUAGAAGACUAGAGGUCUUUGAUAGUAUAUACAAUGCAGGUACUUCUGAAGCAGAUGGCGAGAGCUUGUAAUUUUGGAUGUUAGAACAAAGCUGAAUUACAGACGCCUGAUGCCGCAAGUGUGGUAUCCCUGCUCAACCUGAAAUUCUUGCAAGAAAAGAGGGUGACAUUA